AAAUGGCGACCAACUCACCGGAAACUAACAAGCGACGGGAAUCUCCUUUGCCAACGGUAAACGAAAGGUUGGGGCAUCUAAAGCCUUCCAGAGAGCUACUAGAAUACUACAGAAGAAAAAUUGCAGAAUAUGAUGGUGAAUAUGAAGAGAUGGUGAGGAAACUGGAACUGUAUAAGUGCACGUAUGAAGAACAGCAUAAGACGCAGUGGGAACUACGACAACGUGAAGAAGAGAUAGCCGAGUUGCAAAAGGCGCUUAGCGACAUGCAAGUUUACUUAUUCCAAGAAAGAGAACAUGUCUUACGGUUGUACGCCGAAAACGACCGCCUGAAAAUUCGCGAACUCGAAGAUCGCAAAAAGAUACAGCAUUUAUUGAGCCUGUCAAAGGCGACUGUACCUGAAAUUACUUACUUUCAUCACCAGCCACCAGCGAAGGCUAUUGUCGCGCAACAUAAACCGAGAGACAAAGAGAGCGGGAGAAGGCCACUCCCUGGACGUGGCCCCGGGGGACAUAAAAGAGACUCCACUGGAAAUUAUCGUCCAGCCAGAAGUACCGCUGAAGCUGAUGAAAACCAGACCCUUUUGCUUCAAAUAGAAUCCUUGCAGGCUCAACUUGAGGAACAGACAAAGCUAGCAAAAGAACAGGUGGAUGCCUUGUUAGAAGAUCGCCGAGUACAUAUGGAAGAACAACAGGCACAGAGGGAGAGAGAUUCAGACAAAAUCAAAACAAUGCAGGAAAAGUUGCGGAAAACACAGGAUCUUCUUUAUGAUAGUACUAAGGAUUUCCUAGAGCUGAAAUAUGAAAUAAGAGCCAAGGAGAGACACUGGAUGGUUGAUAGAGACAGAUUAGCUCAGGAGAUUGACCACCUGAGAGAACAACUUGAUGUGAGUGGUGUUAGUGUGUUAGAAGUAUCAGGAGAGGUAAUGGAGCCACGUCAAGCGCAAUUGGUUGCAGUCCAGUCACUAAGACAUCAACUUGAACAGACGCAGAAACUUGCAGAAAUGUAUAGGGAGCAAUGUAUAGGCCUUGAAGAUGAGUUGGCAAGAAUACGAGAGAAGACUGAUGUUAGUGAAGACAUUUUCAAGGAGCGCUCUGAGAAGAUGAGCAAGAGAUUGGCAUUGAUGAAUUCCAGAUAUGAAAACCUUGAGAAAAGAAGAGCCAUGGAAGUUGAAGGGUUCAAAACUGAUAUUAAAAUGCUAAGAGACAAGCUGAAGAAUGUUGAGAAGCAGCUUUAUAAGGUUACAGUUUCCAUGGGAGAUGAUUACGAUGAACAAGUACUUAAAAAUGUGCGAAAAACAGCAGGACGAUCAAAGAAACUUGUUGGUGAACUUCACAAUCUUAAAGCUAAGAUUUAUUCUUUGGAAAAUGACAUAAGGCAUAUGGGUUGAAAAGCAUGAACAAGAGAAGACAAUUUUCCACUGUCUAGCUAAGUUCUAUUUCCAGCUUCACAUUUAGACACCAUUUCAUCAAGCAUUUAGUAAUUCAUGUAAUAUAUACAUUUUAAUAUCUUUUGAAUUAGUUUUUUUAGUAUCAAUGUUGCAUUUUUUAAAAGUAUGAAUUAAAAAAACUGUCAUUGUAGAAUAUUGUCUCACUAAUUGGAGGCUCAGAUACUCUCUAUGUUAAUGACCCAACAACUUCCAAGAUCCAGUUAGUGUUUCUCAUUACUUAAUGCUAUACUUUUCCUUGUAACUUAGACAAGAGAAUUUGG